AUGUUUACCCCAAGGCCUGGGAGAUUUCCAGCUCUUGUGUUACUUCUGGUUCUGUCAAGCAAGGCUGUCUCAAGACGUCUACCUAGCCACGGGGAGGUAGCAACCCAUGGACCCCAGGAGUCAAACCUGUCCGAGCUACCACAUCAAACAACGCCCCCUGUAGCCCUCACCAAAGACUCCGAUACCCAGCAAACAGUGAGAACUGAAACCUCAGAGACAGACCAUGAGACUGAGCUCUCCCACACCACGGUGAGAGUUAAACAAACACCUGUCCCAUCAGCCCUGCAGCCAACCACAUCCCCACCGCCCUACCCUACCACUGCCAUCAACUCCUUCACAGAAGGGACAACAAAAUCCUCCAUUCCAGGAAGUGUCAGUGUCUCGAACAAAGUGACAUGCCCGACCAUGACCCCUAAGGGGAGAGGGCUGGUAGGUCAGUGCCUGAUCAUCAUCGCUGUGCUGGCUGCUUUGAUGACAAUGUUCAUAGUCAGCACCGUCAUCCUCCUGACCAAGUUGAGGGGCAGCAGAUACAGGCACAGAGCCCAGUGGCUGCAGGGACAGGGCACAGAGAUGGUGUGCAUCUCAGCAAUGGUCCCCACCAAUACCACUGAUAGAGGCCAGGGGAGAUCCAGAUGCCCCAAAAUCAAUGUAACCCUAAUGCCCAGCGCAGAGGACAGCGAGGGGGACAAUCUCACUCUCAACAGCUUCAUCCCAGACCUUGACGGAGGCUUGUAA